AUGACGUACGUGACAAGUUUUGAAGGGCGCCGUCACAAAGGCAACUUUAUAUGCCUCAAGGCCUAUGUGCCUCAAGGAGCGGUGGCGAAGCACGGUUCAUUGCCUGCUCAGUAUCUGUUUAACUGGGCAUUUGUUUGUUUGUCGCUGAUUGAACACACUGAAAAGAUGAGCGAAACUCGCCCUGGAAAAGUGAGGGCAGAUGGGGCUCAUCUGUCCAGGAAGUAUUUGGUCAAACUCCAACUUAUAUCAACAAGGUAUCCGAGGCGAACCGGCGGCCAUUUUGUCAUCGUAGUCUGCAAAAGGUUUCAGAAGUCGCGUGUGGCAUAUUAUUCGAACUGUACGGCCUCUUUUAGCCCGGCUGGUGUUACCCUAGUCAGGAGCGGCGAUAUUCAUCCACAGCCAGGACCUAUUAGACAACAUAACGAGUCAGCCAAGCUUGAUAUACCAAAAGCAUUGAAGGCAAAUGUUAAACUCGCUCAUUUGAAUGUUCGGUCCUUGAAAGCAAGGGAGAACUUCUGUCUAGUUAAGGAUACUGUGCUACAGAAUAGAUUUGAUAUUUUUACCAUUUCUGAAACGUGGGCGGAUUUAACUGUGUCCGAUGCAAGUCUUGAGAUUCCUGGUUAUCAGCUCUUCAGACAGGACCGUGGACAACAUAAAGCUGGCGGUGGCUUGUGUAUUUAUGCAAAGUCAAACCUAAAGAUUAGUGUGCUGGAGGAUUUAUCUUCUGCUUAUGACGAUGGCUUUCAGCAGCAGUGGUUGAAGGUGCAAUGCAGGAGUUUUAAAUCGUUCUUGAUUUGUAACACGUACCGACCACCGCAAACACCAACCACCUGCUUUGAAUCUCUUUCCAACAGCCUCACGGACGCAUUACUCCUAGACUUGGAUAUUUUUGUACUUGGUGACUUAAAUUGCAAUCUCUUGGGUUCUAGCCCCGAGGCUACCUCACUUACGGAUUUUGCAUCAACGUUUAAUCUACAUCAACUUAUUGAGAAACCGACAAGGAUCACAGAAACCACAAAAUCUCUCAUUGACGUAAUUAUGACUACAAACGUGAAUGUUGUCACCCUCAGUGAUGCAGUCGCCUGCUCAAUAAGUGAUCACCAUCUUGUUUACGUUGUAAUGGCACUGAAGACCCCACGCCUUAAGCCCUCUUAUGUCACCAUUAGGAGUUACACUAAAUACAAUGCUAAACGAUUCUGUGAGGAUUUGGCGUUUGUACCAUUUCACAUGAUAUCCAUGUUUGACGACUUUGACGACCAAGUGGAGACGUUUAAUGCCUUAUUUACAGACAUCUUAAAUGAUCACGCUCCCUUGAAGCGAGUAAAGAUCAAGUCAAGACCAAAUCCAUUUGUCACGACUGAAAUUCGUCAACUAAUGAAGACACGAGAUCGAUGGCACAAAAGAGCCAACAAAUCAAAUGACGUCUUGCAUUGGAAUGCAUAUCGCUUCUUUAGACAG